CAGCUCCUCGGAACACUUCUCGGAAACAUUCAGUGUGUGGAACAAGAUUGGAGCAGUUUGAAAUGAGACUGUGCGAGCUUCAUUGUUAUUUGGCCCUGUUGGGUCUGUCUCUUGUGCUAUGUGACCGCGGUACUGACUCACAACUAGAACCGGACUUGGACUUCCGCCAUCGCAGACUUCUGCAGAGAGCACGUGCAACUGGGUUGGCUACACAGGACUGGACUAAGAAAGACAUAGAGGAGCUGCUUUCCCAGCUGUCCUUGCCUGAGAUAGGGGCUCAUGAGGAUGGUGUUUCUACGACAGGUGGGAACGAUGAUCUGCAUUUGGAGCUAGAGCGUUCUGCAGAGAACACGAACCAGCUCUACCCUCGAGAACGCAAAGCUGGAUGCAAAAACUUCUACUGGAAGGGCUUCACUUCCUGCUGAGGCCCCAAUUAUCCAAUCACAUUAAUCAAAGAUGCCAAGUAACUCCCUAUCAAAGCCUUAUUUUAACAUAACCACUGUGGUUACAUCGAGUUAAUUGGAUCUGUAAGUUGACUGGUCGAUUGUAAGCUAAUAAAGUAUUAAAUAAAGAAUACAAAUCAAAGGCCAUCUUUUGUGGUGGGUGAUGUAGUUGAAUAC